UGUUGCAGGGCUGUUUGAAGGAGCAGACCGGGCACGAGGCCGGUGGGCGGAGCUCGGCCGGGAGUGACGUCGGCGAGGUGAUAAGUACUUGUCCUGCACCCGGUCUGCAUCGUGUCUGCGCGUGGAGUCAAGAGGGGAGACGUCGAAAUCCACAAGCCGUCCUCCGUCUGUCCCGUUUCAAAACAAGCCGUGACAUGGAGCUCAGCGCCGAGGCCAAGAGGAUCAUGGUCGUGGCUUUGGGGAAACUGUACAGCUCCCGCAGCCAGCGAGGGGGUCUCCGUCUCCACCGGAGCCUCCUGCUGACACUGGUGAUGAAAUCCGCCCGGGACAUCUACCACGCGGCCCAGGCGACGGCAGAAGGUGUCGCGCCGGGAUGCGCACGACAGCCCCCGGCGGCUCAGAUGGACACGGAGCCCGCCGGCGCUCGCGUGGACCCCCAGGGCCCCGCGUCGCCUGCCACCGGACAGCCUCGGACUUCACCCCGAGAGGAGGCCGUAGGGCCGUCUACAGAAAACAAGGAGAAUCGGUGCCCGACUGGCCCGGCACAGCACUCGAGGAAAAGACGGGGCAAGGCGGCCGCUGAGCCGGAUUUCCUGCCUUGCAAGAAAGCAAAACUUGAGCAGGGAAACUGCCCCCAGCAGCUCCUCGCGAAUUCGGUUUUGAUGGGCUACGUGAACUGCAGCAGUGAACUAGGAGCACCCCCAACCCCCGUGCCUCUGCAGAGAGCCAUUGCAGCGUGUUGAAGCCCUGCGCAGCCUCGAGGCGAAAAGGCAAGAAACUUUUCCUAACGGGCCCAGGAGCCGGAGCUCGCCUAAGGUGGGCCCAUCUUCGGGGUCGGCAGGACAGAAACCUGGGAUAAUGUGCCCUGAAAGCCCCCGACAGGACUCUGAACAAGCCGGGGCGUGUUACACGAAUCACGGAAGCAGCCCAAGUUGCUGCAAAGUCAUCCCAGUGACUUUUGGCCUAAAUAUGGGCCCACAACAGGAACUGGCUUCAGCUGGUCAAGGCGGACCCGCAGGAACUGGUUCGUCAAGAUCGGCCCUUAGACUGCCUUCGUGAACAUUUACGCAAGUCUGCUGAGGCCCUCUAAGCUCUCCUCAGCAAAUGUAACAUAUUAUGAGCGAGUCGAGGCCUACAUGCUGACUCAAGAUGGGAGAUGUGCUGAUUCAAGUGUAAAACAUUCAAUGACUACAACUACCUCAGUAUUUAUUAAACAUUUUGUACUUGAAGUGAA